AUGUUGGGUGACAUUCAAAAAGGAAGAAUUGAUAUGGCUUGUGGUAGGUUCCGAAUGACUGCUGACCGUGCAAAUGUUCUUACAUUCACUUAUCCAACUCAAUUUGAAGUGAAUCAAGUAUAUCUAAUAACUGAUCCUCAAAAAUCAGUCGACGUUGUUUUUCUAUUUCAUCCGUUCUCUACAACUGUCUGGCUUCUUCUCAGUUUGACAGUUUUAGUUGUUGCAAUUGUAUUCUUCAUAUUAAGAUUUGUUGAAUUCAAAUCAACCAAGGAAACUGAAAGCUCUUAUGAAUGUAUUCAAAACAGCAUAUUCCAAGUUUUAUUGAGCACUUUCAAUUUGGAAAUUCGAGUGGCAAAAAAGUCGACAUUCUUCGCAUUUCAUCUGUUUUCUACAAUAUGGUUACUUGCUUGGUUUCACGUUUUUAUCGAUUUUUACACAUCAGAGUUAAGUGGAAUGAUGGUUGUUUCUGACAAAAGACAAGUUCCAUUUGAUAAUUUUUAUGGAUUUAUUGAUCACCUCAGAAAAGGAAACUAUCGUCUGUUCACACCAUCUGCCGACCGUAUUCCAGAAUGUCCACAUGAGAUAACAACAUCCAAAUGUAAUGCAAUAUUUUCUGAAAUUCUAUCCAAACAUCCUCCGGAAUAUGGAGAUUUAAUGCAACUCAACGAUCGAGAAUUUGUUUCAUCAAGAAAAAUACCAUUGGUCGGAUUUGGAUGGUAUCCAGCUCAACGAAUCUCCUCAAAAUUCUCCAUUUGGACUCAAGAAUUAUUUCAUUCAGAUAUAUGGCUUAUUAGAGACUUUCCGGUCUGCCCAGCCGCUUAUAUUGUGCGCCCAACGUUUCCAUAUCUUGACGAAUUGAACGAAAUGAUCAUUAAAGUUCUUCCAGCAUUUAGUAGAAUCGAUAAUCAUUACACACCAGCCUAUCCAGAAUUGACACUAACUGGAAAACCGUCAAAAUCUUCGUUCUCUCUGAACCAACUUUCUUCAAUAUUUUUGAUUCAUCUUCUCGGUGCAUUCGUUUCAACAUUAUUUCUUAUUGCGGAACUUGUGAUCGCUGAGUUGACCAAACGUCACAAUAUUGAUAGCACACUUCAAACGAGACUGGAUAAUUCAAAAAGUUUGAAAAUGGAAAAUGGAUAG